CUUCGCCUGUCACAUCGUGUCGUGUCAAAUUGGUGACCGUAAUCCAUGCAAUUUACAUUGUAAAAUUACGGAAUUUCUUGGAAGUAAAACAUGCUAAUGGUGCUUUUAUCUUCGAGGUUCUUAAUUAAAUGUUAAGUAUUAGUCAUAUAUAUUGUAAUGGCGGAAAACGAAGAGUGCAACCUCCAGAAACCCGCGAAAACAAGCAAACAACAUAAUGUAUUACCAAUAUGGGGUAAUGAACAAACUAUGAAUCUGAAUCCUUUAAUAUUAGCAAACAUCCAAGGUUCUAGCUACUUCAAAGUGCAUCUGUUCAAGUUGAAGACAUACCAUGAGGUGGUGGACGAGAUCUACUAUCAGGUGAAGCACCUGGAGCCGUGGGAGCGUGGCAGCCGCAAGACCGCCGGCCAGACGGGCAUGUGUGGCGGCGUCAGAGGAGUGGGUGCUGGUGGCAUAGUGUCCACAGCAUUCUGCCUGCUCUACAAGCUGUACACUCUGCGUCUCACACGUAAGCAGGUCAAUGGCUUGCUGCAGCACACAGACUCACCGUACAUCAGAGCCCUCGGCUUUAUGUACAUUCGCUACACCCAGCCACCAGCGGACCUGUUUGAUUGGUAUGUGGACUACCUCGACGAUGAGGAGGAGAUCGACCCGCGCGCCGGCGGAGGCGGCCCCACCACCAUCGGAGCCCUGGUGAGGCAGAUGCUGAUCAAACUGGACUGGUUCAGCACACUCUUCCCAAGAAUACCCGUCCCAAUACAGAAACAAAUUGAACAGAAGAUGGGUGAGCACAACAGGCAAAUGUCUGCAUCAAAGCCGACUGCGACGUACCGAGGUGGCAGCGGUGGCGGGGGCGGCGCAGCAGGCUACGGCUCUUCCCGCAUGGAGGCAGAUCGCCGCGAGCACGAUGAUAGGGAUAGACGAGAUUAUGGCGAUAUAGACAGAUACUCAAAAGACAGACCUGCAAAACGGGAUGAUAGAGACAGAGACCGCGAUAGAGAUAGAGAGCGCGAGAGAGACAAAGAUAGAAGGGACAGAGAUAGAGAGCGCGAAAGAGACCGAGACCGACGUGACAAGCACCGCGACCGGUCACGAGACCGCCACCGCCAGCGCUCCCGGUCCAGAGACCGCCGCUACAGAUAGUACCACGCUAAAAUCUUUCAAUUUGGUCUAAAAGUGUAAUUGACAAAUAAAACUAGUAAUAAUGUU